GUUUAGGGGCCAUUUUUGUAUUUAGGCGACAACUAAACUCAAAGAGAACCCGCUGUGCGUUUGGGUCAAUCGGAUCAAUAAGAAGUGGAAAUCUCGAUCGGUGACGGAGAAGAUGAUCGUUUGCAUCGCCGUUGUUGGCCAUCAGAAUAAUCCAUUGUACAUACAGAGCUUCACUGAAGCAGAUGAUGCGCUCAAGCUUCAUCAUAUAGUUCAUUGUUCUCUCGAUGUUGUUGAUGAAAGAGUGAACAACCCAAAAAAAUCUGGACCAAUGAUAAAUGAGACAUUUCUUGGUCUUCUAUAUCCAACUGAAAAUUACAAAGUGUAUGGUUAUCUAACCAACACAAAGGUUAAGUUUAUCCUAGUCACAACUGACCUUGAUGUCCGUGAUGCAGAUGUAAGAAAUUUUUUUAGAAGGUUUCAUUCUGCAUAUUUAGACGCUGUGUCAAACCCAUUUCAUGUCCCUGGUAAAAAGAUAACUUCCAAGACAUUUGCUGAGAGGGUCAGUACUAUUGUUAAGUCUGUUAGCUUCAAUACAGCUGGAUGAAAUGAAACGAAACUUAAACUAUGUAUCUAUCUUUUAUUUCGUUUCCAAUGUGUUUUGAUAUUUGAGUUUUGAUUUAAUAUUUUUAUCAAGACCUUUUUUUUGUAUCUUCAUAUUGGUUAUGUUAGGCCUAGAAAGCUUGUUUAGUCAUGUUACACCCAACGGGGCCAAUGAGGGUAUUUAUGUCUUUUGCAUGAUUGAGAGAUUGGUGAUGAGUCUAUGUCAUGUCUUGUUCCAUGUUUUUUGGGUGGGAUAAAAAGUUAAUAGUUUUUGUCAUAUUGAUCAUAGUCCAGUGAAAAGUCCAAUGCAUUUGAGACAAGGUCCUAGAAUUUAUGAUAUAAAUGUAGGUGUUAUAUGAUUAUUUUCUCUCUUAAAAACU